AAACGUUAGAGGGCGCUGUGUGGCUAAUUUGCAACAAACGUCAAAAAAUAUAAACAAGAAAGAGGUGUGACAAUUUGAGUAUUUGAAAUAAAACUAUUUAAAUUAUUCUAAUUCGAUUUGUCGCCUUCAUUACAACUCACAGAAUGUCUCAAAAUAUUACCCUUACUGGCAACUUGGACAUGCUACACAGCUUGUACGACUUCAAGGCAACGUAUACCAAAACUCUAAGCUUUAAAUCCAACGAGUAUUUUCUACUGCACCAAACGAAUUCAAAACACAAAAAUUGGUGGGAGGUGAUCAACGAGAGGGGCGAAAUGGGCUACAUUCCCUCCAACUACGUGGAAACCGUUACCGUUAACCCCUCGUUCUUCAUUCAAUUCAUCGACAAUUGCCUGGAAAAUCUCAAGUCCCCCACCGAAUUGGGCGCCAACGACAAAACCGACGUAAUCCACCGUUUAAAAGAGCUGAAAAAAGAAAUACAACAGCUACCCGAGAUAUCGAAGAACUCGAUAGGCGCAGAUAGCGAUGACAACCCCCCUUUACUAUUUAAAAACUCAGACGGUACGAUCGAACCUAUACACUCAUCUUCAUCCACAAACCACCUCAGCAAGAAACUAAUCGACGACGAAUCUAUUCAGAAGAGCUCGAGUAAGAAACCAUCCGAGAGCAUCCUGCACGAAACCAGCUCCGAAACGCUCAAUGAAUGUAAAAAGUCUGACUCGAACGUAUCCAGCUCUCUAACCAGCAACGUCUCGCCCCCCAUAACCCACCAGACCGUCUACGAUUUGGUAGAAAGCGUCAGGAUCAACACGCAACUGUCCCACGAGAUGUCCCGAAUAGCCGUAGUCACCGUGGUACAAGGCCUGCACGAGCUGCUGCCGGCCUCCGUGUUCCCUUAUUUGAGCACCAUUUUGUCCCACACGCAGGGCUCUCUAGUGGACGACGUGCAAAUCGAUCAAACCCACGACGCCAGCCGAUUAAAAAUCAUAUUCAACGAGCUGACUUCUUGCAAGGAGGAUGCCCAGCAGAGGAGCUGGAUGUUGCACGAGGACGAAGAAGUCAUCAAAGAGUACAUAAUUGAGAUGAUAUCUAUUCUAUCCAAUGCAGAUGCUAGUAUAUCGAGACAUGUGAUAUCAAAUGACCAAUACCACGUUAUUACCACGUUGAUACAAUAUUACCAGAUGGAGAUUAGAUGGUCCAUUAGGCAGUUAUUGCUGCAAGCUUUCGGGGUACUGUGUAGCUUGGAUAAAACUGUUAUCACCAUAAUGCUUAAUUCGAUAUUACCCGGUGAAUUAGCUAGAGAUAUUACGACCAAUCCACGAAACAUUCCGAAAUUAAAUUAUUCCUCUUUACUACUAACGAUGAUAUUUUCCAUGGGGGAAUCUAUGCCAGUGACUCAUAACGAAUUAUUGGGUAAAAGAUUUCUAUCGUUUAUAUUCGACAACAUCGAGUACCCCCCGGAUACGGAUUUAGAAGAACAAAUCCCCGAUCUGUUCCUAAACCUAGUGAUCUCCUUUAAUCUCCAAUUCACCGAGGAAUCGGAGAAUCCGGUUUUGGCGGCUCUGGAGGAUCGAGACGUCGCGAAAACGUUCACAGAGAAAAUCCUCUUGCUCAUCAACCGAGAAGAGGAUCCCGUGAGGAUAUUCGAUCACGAGCCGGCGCCGCCACAUUCCCUUCUGAAGCUGUUCAUCGAUCUCUUCGGUCGCAGAUCGACGGCCGAUUUGUUUUACACCAACGAUAUUAAAGUUUUGAUCGAUAUAAUAGUGAGGAAUAUCUCGGAUUUGUCCACCGGCGAUCUGAGACGUAGGCAGUACUUGGAGCUUUGCAGGCGAGUGAUGAGGAACACGAAUUACGACGAGCACCGGCACAAAGUCGACGAGAUCCUCAAGUGCUUCACGAGGAUAUUCUGCGAGGAGAGCGACACCAGUAAAUUCGACCAGAAGUUGGUGAAGGAAAUCUCGAACGAGUUUCCGCACCUGUUCAAGUAAAAUCCAAUGGGAAUUUGCCUCGGCUGUUUAUUUAUGUGAUAUUUUUCGUCUAGUGCAGUUGUUUCGAAGGCUCUCAUUUUGUCGAGUUUGUUCAAUUUUGUUCGAGAAUCGAAUUUAGAGUAGUGAUAUUUGUUGUGAGGCUCAAAAUUUAUGAAUUGUUGUUUGUGCCAUAAAGAACCAGUUGAUUAAUUAAUCCAAAGAAACUAUAUGAGAGUAUACAGGGUGCACGAGAAUGAUGCUACACCCUGUAUUCUGGAAGUUACCAUUUUAUUGACUUAAUUUAUAUUUUAUUGGAGGCACGAUAAGCUUUAAUAAUAUUUUAAAAAUUAUAUAUUAAACGUGUGCACGUUUCGUCAUGUUAUAGUUUAUAAAAUUUAGGUGUUUUUUGCAUAUAAAUGCACUCUUCCAUGUAUCAAGUGGAAUCAUGCGAUGGCUCUCGUAAAUAUUUCUAUUCCAUUAAAUUAAAUUUUCGGUGCAUUCCCCGGUCUGAGCAGUCGUUGCAUGACGUCCCGACGCGCUUAAAGGUACAAAUUAUAUAAACAUUGAGAUUUUAUUAUGUAAAUAGCAUAUAUAACUAAAAUAAAUAUUUUUCAUGUAGCUCAUUAAGAGUUACGUUUACAGUUAUAAAAUAAAUAUGUCGGUAACAAAAAAAACGUCUUAAUUUAUAAACGUAAAUAGAGCCUUGCGGUGUUUCAGGUUGCGCUUACACUUCACCAGUCAUCAUCUCCAUGAAUUCUGAAAAUAAUUCGAGUAACAUAAAUAUAGAGUAAUAAAGUCUACAGAGAGUAGAUUAAGUGGAUUAAUCCUUGGCAAAAUUCCCUAUACAGGCAGAUACAAAAUGUGUGCAAUAUACAAGGGUAAGACGAAAAGUUGUCGACCUGACAACGAAAGACCGCGAUUUUCAGUUGAAAAAUUACAUUAUUAUUCUUGUUAAGUCGAAAUCUUUGGUUCAAUAUAGUUCUUAAUGAGUCUAGAGCAUUCUAAAUAGUUUUAGACAGAUCUAAAUAAUUCUGGAGCCUUCUACAUGGUUC